AUGGCCGCAUCAUCGAGAUCAGCAACUGUAGUCGAAUUGCGUCGAAUGUUUUCCAACUUAGAUUCAACUGUAAUUGAAAGUGUUUUAGCAGCUAAUAAUGGUCAAGUUGAUGUUACAAUUGAUCAUUUACUUACAAUGUCGAUUGAUACUGAAAAUGAAAACAAUAUUCAACAAGCAACACCAACAACACCACUUCGACAAUUACCAGCAGUUCCUAAUAUAUACGAUGAUGAUCCACCACCCUAUCCCGGUCAUGAUACAAUAAUUAAUCCUCGUUCAAAAACAACAACAAUCAUGCCUUUUCUUCCACAACAUUCAUCAUCUAAUGCUCACUUGUCAAUAAGUCAUAAUCAAUUAAACAAUGCGUAUUUUUCAAAAGAUACGAAUUCUCAGCAAGACCUUCAAGUACGAAAAUGGAAAACAGCUUAUGAUCAAUAUCGAAUUUGUUAUAUUGGAGAUUUACCUGAUGAUUUUCUUCGAAUGAAAUUAUUAUCAAAAUUUGAAAGUACAAAUCAAUCAAAGAAUAAUUUUUCUGGAGAAAAUGGCAAAACAUCACGAUAUAUUGAAGAUGAACGUUUUGACGAACUUUUUCAAAAUGAAGAAUUCUUAAAUGAACUUCGACAUAAUAAAGAAUUUUUAACAGUCCUUCAUUCAGAUCAACCAAUUCGAUCAACAUCAUCAUCUCAACAACGUCGAUCAUUUAAUUAUUUAAGUACAAAACCUUUACCAUUACCAACACCUCCAACCGUUGAAACACUUAAAACACCAAAAGUUCGUGCAAGAAUGCUUCAAAAUGUUCUUACACAAAUUGAACAAGGACAAACAAUGAAAACAUCAAUGGUUCCAGAAGAAUCUAUUACUCAAAAUGAAGGCUAUUCUUAUGGGAAAGAUAAUCAUGAACAAAUGUCACUUCCACCUGCACCAUUUGUUGGCGAAUUUGAUCCAUUACCACCAGAAAGUAAUGAAGAAUUUAUUGGUCGAUUAAAAAAUAUGGGAAAAAAUUCAAUGGAAAAAUUUAAUCAAUUAGCUCGACGAUUUUCUACACGUAAGGAUACAACAACGAAUACUGGAAAAUAUUCUAAACAAUCAAUGUAA